AACAUGUUUACCCCACCGAAAGAGGGUUUGCCCAACAUGAUUGAAACCGCGCUCAGGAUGAGGAGGGAAGAACAAGCUCGUCAAGUGGUCCUCGCCUGGGCUGUUCUAAACGUGACCCUGGCUGGCAUGAUUUACACAGAAAUGUCUGGAAAAUUGUUAAGACGAUACUACAACAUCACCUACUGGCCUAUUUGGUACAUUGAACUGGCACUAGCCUCCCUUUUUAGCCUUAACGCUCUUUUCGAUUUCUGGAAAUACUUCAAGUACACCAUGGCGCCGUCCACCAUCGCCGUAACUCCGCAGCAGCAUCGACUCCUCGGCUUUAAAAAUACAAGGAUUCAGCCGUGUCCUCCGCGGAUGCCGGAAAAAAGAGAAAGCCCCGUUCCGGCGGAGUCGUCGCCCAUGCAGGGCCAGACAGUUUUGAGUUUCAGCCCUUCUCGUUCCCUGAACGCCAGCUCAAAGUUCUCCCCGAGCUGCGUGACGGGCUACAGCCCGUCUCUGAGUAAUACCACCACUCCGAGUAGUGCACCUUACUCUCCCUCGCUUGCGUUUGACAAGAUGUUGAGCUACAAUCAUUCCCCAGGCUCCUCGCCAUACCUAAGCAGCACCGAAAACUCCAUGUUGAGGUCUCGUUACCGCACGUCGCCCUCUUUGUUUAACUCCCCCGGAAGCGAGGAGGAUUACAUCGAGGAUUUGAAAAGCCUGGAGCGAUUCCUGCACACGGAGGAAGAGAAGAGUCACCGAAAUCAUCUCGGGAGUCCCGAAUGCAUCUCCCCAAAUCACAGCCCGACAUUUUGGAACUACAACCGCUCGGUGGGCGACUACGCUCAGAGUCUGAGGAAGUUCCUUUACCAGCCUGCCUGUCGCUCUCAGGCGCCGUCAGCCCACAAAGACGAAGCAGACCCGGGCUCCAAACAGGCCGCGGAGGAAGUAUGGGGUAGGAUCACAACUAGUCGACCUGUUGCGGACCGCAUCGACGGUUGGACGGCGAAGCUUCGUAAUUGGAUCAGUGACACCAUUAUGGUCCCCCUGGUCAAGGAAAUGGACUCGGUCAACACCCAGCUCAGAAGAAUGGGCUGCCCUGAGCUCCAAAUAGGAGAGGCCAGCAUUAGCAGCCUCAAGCAAGCCGCCGUGAUGAAAGCAUCAUCCAUCCCAACUAUGAACGCCAUGGUCCAGUACUUGGAUAUCACUCCUAAUCAGGAAUAUCUGGUGGAUCGCAUAAAAGAACUAGCACACAGCGGCUGCAUGAGCUCGUUUCGCUGGAACCGCGGUGGCGAUCUAAAGACCCGAAAGUGGGACACGGAUCUUCCCACAGAUUGUGCCGUCCUCAUGCACAUUUUCUGCACAUACUUGGACUCCAGACUGCCACCGCACCCAAAGUAUCCUGACGGGAAGACGUUUACCUCGCAACACUUUAGCCACAUCCCUGAUAAACCUGAUGUCAGCAAGGAGAACCUCUUCUGCAUCCACCAGAGUAGCACCACGCCACCUCACUACCAACUCAUAUAUCAAGGGCACAUCUUCAGUCUACCCAAGGGUAGGAACAACUUAUUCCACACGAUCCUCAUGUUUCUCUACGUCAUUAAAAUCAAGGAAUCAGGAAUGCUGGGACGAGUAAACCUCGGACUCUCCGGUGUCAACAUCUUGUGGAUUUUUGACGACUAG